GUUCGGUGCCCCACAGUGCUAAAUUUAUCUUCAGACGAGCUACCGCGCCUGCCGCGAAUUGGAUCUCUAUGGAGGUGGCAUAGGCGAUAUCCCUGAGCUGAGAGCCUCGCCCGGCCCCCCGAAUCCUUCUUCCCUCUGUUCUGUUUUUCAUUUCUCCCCUUCCUCCCUUCCCCCCUCUCCCCUCCAGUCCGCGACGACUGGCUCUUGACCCCGUUCAGGCCUCGGUGAAGGCUUUUGGUUACUCCCCUUCCACCCUAUCCCUUAAUUUUAUUUUUUUUGAAGCGUCUGCAUUUCAAGCUGCCAAGGUGGAGAGAGUGAUUGCAGAAGGGAGUGCUCCUCAUUUCAGCUCAUCAGAGUAAUUACUAGCCCUGAAAGGAGCCUUAAGAUGUAUGACGGUGUCAACAAUGAAUGUAUCUAAUGGCAGUAGGCAUCAGAAAGUUAGAAGAGAUUCCAAGAUACUGUAUAUCAUGAAAGGGGAUGAUAAAUUAUGGCCCCACGCUGUCUGUUUUUAUAAAUAGAGAUUUAUUGCAACACAACUGUGCCCAUUCUUUAACAUUUUGUCUAUGGCUGCUGCCAUGCUACAACUACAAAGCUGAGUAGUUGCAACAGAGGCCAUACGGCCCAUCAGGUAAAAAACAUUUACCGUAUGGCACUUUACAGGAGAAGUUUGCCAACCCUGCCAUGGGACCUCAAGGUCCCUUCCUUAAAAAUGCAUUUAUCAACUCAUUCUUAGUCCAAUGGUUCCCAAGCUGUGUUUUAUAGAAGAUUAAUGUUAUCUUAAGUUAAUAAGCGUUGUGAGGAAAAGAUCAAUGCUAACAAUAGUUUCUUCUUUUAGAAUUUAUUUUAAAAUGUAAGUUUAAGACUACUAAACUCAUUUCUAUAGCUUUUAUUUUUAUGUGAUAAUCUACCUUUAAGAAAAGGUGUGCCAUACCUGAGAGCACCAGGAAGUCGAAUGAGAGAUCACCUGAUACACGAACGUGUGAUGUUCCAUCUGCGCGUUGAUGCAUAGGCAGCACUUACAAAUUAACUGAUGUGUUGCUAUAGAUCAUCUCUUUGAUGGUUGCUCAUCUUCUAUGUAUCCUGUCUUAUAAUUUCAACACAUUUGUGAUACUCAGUGUUUAUUCUAAAUUAACCAUGUUUUGUACUACAAAUUCAUUGCCUAUGGAUCUGUUGCUGAAACAAGGAAGUCUUAAACAAGAAGUAGAAUCUUUUUGUUAUCAAAUUGUGUCUGAAUCAAAUGAUCAAAAGGUUGGAAUAUUACAGAGUGAAGAUGAGCAGUUGCAGCCUGCAGUUUCUAAAAAUUCAGAAGGUGAGCUUUCCAGGGUCAAAUUUAUGUCCAAUUCCAACAAAAUUACAACAUUUAGUAAGAAACCAAAAAGAAGAAAAUAUGAUGAAAGUUAUUUGUCUUUUGGAUUUACUUACUUUGGAAAUAGAGAUGCACCUCAUGCCCAGUGUGUAUUAUGUAAGAAAAUUUUAUCAAAUAGCUCUUUGGCCCCUAGUAAACUUCGAAGACAUUUGGAAACUAAACAUGCUGCAUACAAAGACAAAGACAUAAGCUUUUUCAAGCAACAUCUUGAUUCACCUGAAAAUAAUAAACCCCCAGCACCUAAAAUUGUCAAUACAGAUAAUGAAAGUGCUACAGAAGCAUCAUACAAUGUAAGUUAUCAUAUAGCCCUGAGUGGAGAGGCUCAUACUAUUGGAGAAUUGCUUAUCAAGCCUUGUGCAAAAGAUGUGGUGAUGCGGAUGUUUGACGAACAGUAUAGUAAAAAAAUAGAUGCAGUACAACUAUCAAACAGUACUGUUGCACGUCGAAUUAAGGAUCUAGCUGCUGACAUUGAAGAAGAGCUUGUUUGUAGACUGAAAAUUUGUGAUGGGUUUUCACUGCAACUAGAUGAAUCAGCUGAUGUUUCAGGACUUGCUGUGCUGCUUGUGUUUGUUCGUUACAGGUUUAAUAAGUCUAUUGAGGAAGACCUACUCUUAUGUGAGUCUUUGCAAAGUAAUGCCACUGGUGAAGAAAUUUUCAAUUGCAUCAGCAGUUUUAUGCAGAAACAUGAAAUUGAAUGGGAAAAAUGUGUUGAUGUUUGUAGUGAUGCUUCCAGGGCAAUGGACGGGAAAAUUGCUGAGGCUGUCACCUUGAUAAAAUAUGUGGCUCCCGAAAGCUCCAGUAGUCACUGCCUGUUAUAUAGACAUGCACUAGCAGUUAAAACAAUGCCUGCAUCUCUGAAAAAUGUGCUAGAUCAGGCCGUACAAAUCAUCAAUUAUAUUAAAGCUCGACCACAUCAAUCCAGGCUACUAAAAAUUUUGUGUGAAGAAAUGGGUGCCCAGCACACAGCGCUUCUUCUAAAUACAGAGGUGAGGUGGCUCUCCCGAGGUAAAGUUCUUGUAAGACUUUUUGAGCUUCGUCGUGAACUGUUGGUUUUCAUGGAUUCUGCUUUUCGACUGUCUGAUUGUUUAACAAAUUCAUCUUGGCUGCUAAGACUUGCAUAUCUUGCAGAUAUUUUUACUAAAUUAAAUGAGGUUAAUCUGUCAAUGCAAGGAAAAAAUGUGACAGUGUUCACAGUAUUUGAUAAAAUGUCAUCAUUGUUAAGAAAAUUGGAAUUUUGGGCCUCAUCUGUCGAAGAAGAAAACUUUGAUUGUUUUCCUACACUGAGUGACUUUUUGACUGAAAUUAAUUCUACAGUUGAUAAAGAUAUUUGCAGUGCCAUAGUGCAGCACCUAAGGGGUUUACGCUCUACUCUGUUAAAAUAUUUUCCUGUAACAAAUGACAAUAAUGCUUGGGUUAGAAAUCCAUUUACAGUAACUGUUAAACCAGCCUCAUUAGUAGCACGGGACUACGAGAGCCUGAUUGAUUUAACAUCUGAUUCUCAAGUGAAACAAAAUUUCAGUGAACUUUCACUAAAUGAUUUUUGGAGUAGCCUAAUUCAAGAGUACCCAAGUGUUGCAAGGCGUGCAGUUCGUGUACUUCUUCCUUUUGCUACAAUGCACCUGUGUGAGACAGGAUUUUCAUAUUAUGCUGCAACAAAAACGAAAUACAGGAAAAGACUCGAUGCUGCACCUCACAUGCGGAUCCGACUUAGCAACAUUACACCUAAUAUUAAGCGGAUAUGUGACAAAAAGACACAAAAACACUGUUCUCAUUAAAAUUGGAGGGUUUUGCAUGCCUCUUGAUAACCAAAUAUAAGAUGAAAAUAAAAGAUGAUUUACUUCA